CGGCAUAUAUUACACGCGUCCGGUGGCACGCAAGAGAAUUCACGAGGAUUCGCACGAAUCAUCAUCGAGAUUGAACGUGUCUCUGUUGCUCGAUCGAACGGACGAUCGUUGGGAACUAGAUAGAGAUUCAACAUUUUCAGCGUGCGUAAUGGGUGAUCAGGUAGCUUCAUUGAAAGAGAAAGGAAAUGCUGCUUUGCAAACUGGCAAUUAUGAUGAAGCCAUUAAAUGUUACACAGAUGCCAUCACCUUGGACAGCAAUAAUCACGUUCUCUAUAGUAAUCGCUCAGCGGCGUAUGCAAAGUCUGAAAAGUAUCGGCAAGCGCUGGAGGAUGCCGAAAAGACUGUUAGCUUGAAGCCAGACUGGGGAAAGGGUUAUUCGCGUAAGGGCAGCGCUCUUGCUUACCUGGGCAGGUAUGACGAGUCCAUCAAAACUUAUGAGAAGGGCCUACAACUGGAUCCAAACAAUUUACAGCUCAGAAACAGUCUGGCCGAGGUGAGGGCCCAGAAAACAGCUGCCGUAACUAAUCCAUUCAAUUCACCAGAUAUCUUCCUCAAGUUGGCCAGUGAUCCUAGAACGAAGGGAUAUCUAUCUGAUCCUGAAUAUAUGAAGUUACUACAAGAAUUGCGAACCAAUCCACAGAGUCUCGGUACUAAGCUCCAGGACACCAGAGUACUCACCACCCUUAGCGUAUUGUUAGGAAUGAGCGCUGACAUGGAGGAACUGAUGGAAACCGAGCCGAUGAAUCCACCGGAACCACCAAAGUCCAAACCAGAACCAAAGCCUCAGAAGAAGGAGGAGGAUAAUCUUCCACCCGAAAAGAGAAAAGCUUUGGAAGAGAAGAAACUCGGCAACGAGGCAUAUAGGAAGAAGAGCUUCGAGGAGGCUUUGGAGCAUUACAACAAAGCUGUGGAAUUGGAUUCGACGGAAAUUGUUUAUUUGUUGAAUAUAGCGGCGGUGUACUUCGAACAGAAGGAGUAUCGAAAAUGUAUCGCUCAAUGCGAGAAAGCUAUUGAGGUUGGUAGAGAAAAUAGAGCGGAUUUCAAAUUGAUAGCAAAAGCAUUUACGAGAAUUGGUCACGCAUAUAAAAAAAUGGAGAAUUGGAAGCAGGCUAAGGUAUAUUAUGAAAAGUCUAUGUCUGAGCACAGAACGCCGGAGAUUAAAACUUUACUCUCGGAUAUAGACAAAAUAAUCAAGGAGGAAGAGAGGAAGGCUUACAUCGACCCGGUUAAAGCGGAAGAAGAAAAGGAACUUGGAAAUCAAAAGUAUAAGGAUGGCGAUUAUCCUGCCGCUAUUAAGCAUUAUUCCGAGGCAAUCCGAAGAAAUCCGGACGAUCCCAAGUAUUAUAGCAACAGAGCAGCCUGUUAUACUAAACUGGCGGCAUUUGAUCUUGGCUUGAAGGAUUGCGAGAAAGUUGUCGAGCUGGAUCCAAAGUUCAUCAAGGGCUGGAUUAGGAAAGGAAAAAUUUUGCAAGCUAUGCAGCAGCAGGGGAAAGCCUUGUCAGCGUAUCAGAAGGCUCUGGAAUUGGAUCCACAGAAUAGCGAGGCGUUAGAGGGCUAUCGCUCUUGCGCCGUAUCCGCAAGUUCGAAUCCAGAAGAAGUGCGGAAGAGAGCUAUGGCAGACCCAGAGAUCCAGAGUAUAUUGCGAGAUCCAGCCAUGAGAUUGAUCCUAGAACAAAUGCAAAGCGAUCCAAGAGCUUUACAAGACCAUUUGAAAAAUCCCGAUAUAGCUGCAAAAUUACAAAAACUUCUGGAAUCUGGUCUCAUUGCUAUUCAUUGAAGAUGUAAGGAACUACAUACAA